UUCACAUGUUCGACCGAUUCUUGAAGCCGUGCGUGUAAAUUUGAUGGCCAAUUAUAAACCGCACCGUGAAACGACAGUUGAUGAGGCUAUGAUUGGAUAUACCGGUCGCUUAGGAUUCAAACAAUAUGUGCCAAUGAAGCCGACUAAACGUGGGAUCAAAGUGUGGGUAAGGGCGGACCCUCACAAUGGAUAUGUGAAUGACAUUCAAGUGUAUUUAGGUAAGGAGAACCGUGACGGAGACAAGGGUUUAGGGGAACGAGUUGUGAUGGAUUUAGUAACACCAAUUUUGAAUCGCGGACAUCAUGUGUAUUGUGACAAUUAUUUCACUACGGUAGGACUAUUCGAGGAAUUACAACAGCAAGGAACUUACGCGUGUGGAACAUUUAGAUCCAGCAGACGAGGAAUUCCGGACGAAAUAAAACAGCAGAAGCUGAAGGAACAAGGGACAUCUAUCACGAUGCAGAAAGGAAACAUGGUUGCGACAGCUUGGAGGGACAAGAAGACCGUAUUCAUUUUAUCUACAAACUUCGAUCCAACAACGCCGAGGACAACAGUUCAACGAAGGCAGAAAGACGGAAGUCAGAAAGAUGUUUCUUGCCCGGAGUCCGUACGAAAUUACACAAAGUACAUGAACGGUGUUGACCAUGCGGAUCAGCUACGGGCCAUGUACAGUCUAGCGCGCAAGUCAGCCAAGUGGUGGAAAUAUCUUUUCUGGUUUUUAGUUGAUCUUGCCAUAGUUGGAGCCUAUAUUCUGAUGAAGGAAUCACCAAAUCACCAACAGAAGACAAGAACAGGAAAACCUAAGCCACUGACACAACUGGAUUUUCGAAAGAAACUCGCGAAGCAGCUAAUUGGGGACUUUAUGCAGAAAAGGAAACGCGACGUGCUCAAGGAAAAUAUUCAGCUACAAGGCAGGAUAUGCUGGCCGGCUAAUUUGGGAAAAAGGCGAACCUGUAAGAUGUGUUCAAAAAAUGGAAAGCGACGCGAAACACAGUAUGGUUGUUAAGGAUGCGGAGUGAAUCUUUGUGUUGAGUGCUAUAAGCCGUACCACGUUGAAAAAUUUCCGGAGCGAUUUGGGAAAUAGUGCUCAAAAUCAGUGUGUAAAUAAAUUAAAUCUCUGAACAUCAAGAGGGCUUGUAAUUCAUUAACAAAAUAUUAAAUAAAAUAAAUAUAAAUAUAAAAAUCUAUAAAUUUACUGCUUAACUUCUCUAUUUACAACAGCAUCUGUGUAUGUAUAAGCCGCAUCAUGAGAAACCUAACAUAGUGUAUUUCGGACCAGCAUGGA